AUGGCGAGGCUACGCCUGGCGGUGGUGGUCGUCGCCCUGGCCUUGUGCUGCUGCUGCCUCAUCCACGCGCCGACAGGCGCAAGUGCUACAGCUGCUGACGCUUCGUUCCCUCCUGGUAUGCAUGGGCUGGAGCUGGUGCAGCAGGAUACUAGAGUGGUGGUGGCUCCGCCAUCGUCGUCAUGCGGCGCAGACGAUCAGGCCGUCAUAGCUGGAGAGGCGAAGGCGGCCGGCGGGAGGAUGGAUCUGGAGCUGGAGGACUACCCUGGGUCCGGCGCCAACGACCGCCACUCGCCCUGGGCCCAGCAGCGAAGGAACUGA